GCACGCGCCGGGGCUGGGUCUCGCGGGGAAGUUGAAGAUGGCGGCGGCCCGGGCGGUGGAGGAGAUGCGGAGCCGCGUGGUUUUAGGGGAGUACGGGGUUCGCAAUGUUCACACCACGGACUUUCCCGGCAACUAUGCGGGCUACGACGACGCCUGGGACCAGGACCGCUUCGAGAAGAAUUUUCGUGUGGAUGUGGUACAUAUGGACGAAGACUCACUGGAGUUUGAUAUGGUGGGAAUUGAUGCAGCCAUUGCCAAUGCUUUUCGAAGAAUUCUAUUAGCUGAGGUGCCAACAAUGGCCGUGGAAAAAGUCCUGGUGUACAACAAUACAUCUAUUGUCCAAGAUGAGAUCCUUGCUCAUCGCCUGGGGCUCAUUCCCAUUCAUGCCGAUCCUCGUCUGUUUGAAUAUCGGAACCAAGGAGAUGAAGAAGGUACAGAGAUAGACACACUGCAGUUCCGUCUGCAGGUCAGGUGUACCCGGAACCCCCAAGCUGCUAAAGAUUCUUCUGACCCCAAUGAACUCUACGUGAACCAUAAAGUAUAUACCAGGCAUAUGACAUGGGUUCCGUUGGGAAACCAGGCUGACGUCUUCCCAGAGGGCACUAUCCGCCCAGUGCAUGACGACAUCCUCAUUGCUCAACUGCGGCCUGGCCAAGAGAUUGACCUGCUCAUGCACUGUGUCAAGGGCAUUGGCAAAGAUCAUGCCAAGUUUUCCCCAGUGGCGACAGCCAGUUACAGGCUUCUACCAGACAUCACCCUGCUUGAGCCCGUGGAAGGGGAGGCGGCUGAGGAACUGAGCCGGUGCUUCUCACCUGGUGUUAUUGAGGUGCAGGAAGUGCAAGGUAGAAAGGUGGCCAGAGUUGCCAAUCCUCGGCUAGAUACCUUCAGCAGAGAAAUCUUCCGGAAUGAGAAGCUGAAGAAGGUGGUAAAGCUUGCCCGUGUUAGAGACCAUUACAUCUUUUCAGUUGAGUCAACAGGAGUGUUGCCACCAGAUGUGCUGGUGAGUGAAGCUAUCAAGAUUCUGAUGGCGAAGUGUCGGAGGUUCUUGGAUGAGCUGGAUGCGGUUCAGAUGGACUAGGGCUUGCACUGGAGUUUCUGGGACUGCUGUACUGUGUGGUAAACGUCCAAUUCCAGUUUUAUUUUCAGUCAAUACAUUUUGUUAAAUGUGCCACAGAUGAGAUUUAUGCCUUUGUAAGGCCUCUGGUGUAAAUAAAUUCAUGUUCUGAUACUA